AUGCCGCCCUCGCCCUCACCAUCCAAGUCUUUGGCUACUGCCCUCCAAACCUCACUUGUCCUGUGCGAGCGGUUCGCGUCGUCACUAGCACCAAACGCCUCGGUCGACAUUCCUCCCUCGGAAUCUAACCCUGAUGCACCCUCCUCCCUGAGUCUUUUAAAUGCCGCCGCGACGUCGUUGAGGUCCCAGGCCACCAAGUUGUCUCUCCUGUCUAUCACGGCGCCGUUCACCCCGAGCGCGGUAGCGACAUGUCUCGCCCCGUUAAACGAAUCCAUCCUCACGUCCCUGGUCACGGCAGCUCUCCUCACGACCCCGGAGCAAUUCACUCCCUCCUUUGCGGCAGAAUGUCGGUCAAUCGCAGCCGCCGCGCUGCGGGACACGGAGAGCGUGCUGCGGCUGUUGGAGAAACGAAGUCAAAAAACAAACCCCAAAGCAGAGGUCACCGAGUUGGAGAAGAAGGCAUUUACAGAAGCUACAGGACGGGUAUGGGACGACUGCGACAAGCUGACUGCCUUGGCGGACGGCGGUGUCCCUGGAUACGUAGUCCACAAGUCCCAACAGUGGCUCGAGCUGAUGAAAGACGCGGUCAAGGAGUUGGAGGACUGGGAUCCCGAGGAAGAUAUUGAUGACGAGGAUCUUUUUGGCGAGAGCCUUAGUGACGACGAGGACGACGAGGACGACAACGAUAACGACACGGACAAGGACGACCACAAGCACGGGAAUCCCCAGAACAAUGGCCGUGCUGCCAUCUCCGCCGGGGUCAAGGAACAGGCGCUCAAGGUCCUGAACCGCAUCCCGCAAAGCAUUCACGUGGUCAUCAAGCAGCGACUAGAAAAGAUGGUCGGGUCGACGACAGCCAUCGAUAAAGACCAAAUCACUCGACUGGACACCCUGCUCACACAUCACCGCCACAUCUCGGAACUGAUGGACGAAUCUGCCGAAGGCAUGUAUCUGGGAGACCUCGAACUGUGCCUCAAAAAGGCGGGAGAAGCCCGUGCUCUCACCGUCCAAGUGGUGGAAGCCGUCAUCCGGCCUUUUACGCCACCAGACCGCGGCGGCACGGAUGUCGAGACAAAGGAAGCUCAGUAUAUCAAGCGAGCGUUGCAAUGGAUUCAACAAGUCGACCCGGGCGGGGUUUCACGGCCGACUGCGUCCGAGUCUAGCGCAACAAAAGUGCAUGAAUGA